AUGGCCAGUCUAAAGCUAAAGGAGUUCCUUAAGCGGAAUGAAGAUUCCCUACCAAAUCACCAAGCGCCGCCUUCGUUAAGGGACAUUGUCAGCAUCGAGCCCAAGGCAGGAAGCAUCUGCAUCUAUGCUCGAGUCGACCCACGAGACUACUUUGGCCUUCAGUUCGGAGAGGCCCUGGUGGUUCGCAACGCUGGUGGUCGCGCCGUUGAUGCUUUCCGAAGCCUUGAGGUUAUGGGAACCAUCGCUCCCAUUGAUCUGACCAUUGUGGUUCAUCACACUGAUUGCGGCGCACUUUUCACCAACGAGGAGGAGAUACGUUCGAAACUCAGUCACAGGGCCCCUGCCCACGCUGCGUCAAUUCAGGACAAGUGGUUUGGUACUUUUCAAGAUUUCGGCAUUGAUGAGAGCAUUCGUCACGACGUAGAAGAAAUUAGGAAAUGGGCAUUUUUGCCAGCGAAAGCUCAGGUUGUGGGAUAUGCCCUUGACAUUAAGACGGGAUCUAUGAGAGAGGUAAUCUCCUGA